CUCCAGAGAAGCUGGCAACUCAUGUAACCGGUGUCUAUUCUGGGACAUAUGCCUGGAUCACACCACACAAAGGAUAUUCAGAGGAAUAUCAGUUGCUCCACUUCAGCUGCCGCCUCCUCUCCUGCCGCUUCCUUCACCGAGCUCCAGCCCCUGAUGGCGCACGCUGAGCUGCCGUCUGAGCACGACAGCUCCCAUGAGGACAAGAAGGAGAAGGACCCUGUGCAGCCCGGGCCCUCAAAACUGAAGAGGGCCAGGGCUCGCUUCCUCAAGGGAGUCUCCUACUUUGCUGGAGACAUGGAGGUGUUUGGAAAAUGGAUGGAAAAACAGUUUUUCUUGCUGCAGUUGCUGGACUGGGUUUUGCGCGGAGCUGCUCAGGUGAUGUUUGUCAACAACCCUCUGAGCGGACUCAUUAUUUUCGCUGGCCUCAUCCUGCAGAACUACUGGUGGGCUCUCAACGGCUUUGUGGGCACACUCUUUGCAACCAUUUCUGCCCUCAUUCUGCAACAGAGCAGGGGGGCAAUAGCUGCAGGGCUGUAUGGUUACAAUGGCAUCCUGGUAGGUCUGCUGAUGGCUGUGUUCUCCAACGCAGGAGACUGGUACUGGUACCUCCUGCUGCCCAACAUCUUCAUGUCCAUGAUGUGCCCAGUUGUGUCCAGUGCCUUGGCAUCUAUUAACAGUCGCUGGGAUCUGCCGGUGUUCACCCUGCCCUUCAACAUUCUGGUGUGUCUCCACAUGGUCGCCACCGGACACUUUAACCACCACUUCCCUCAAGUCCUCAUACAGCCUCGCUCUGAGCUGCCCAACAUCACCUGGGCUGAAAUCGACGUCGCCAAGCUGUUCAUGUCGGUGCCUGUGGGGAUAGGCCAAGUCUACGGCUGUGACAACCCUUGGACAGGAGGAAUCUUUAUCAUCUCACUCUUCAUCUCCUCACCUAUCACCUGCGCUCAUGCUGUGCUGGGAUCUGCCGUGGGCAUGGUUUCAGGCUUGGCUCUGGCAGCACCUUUUGGAGACAUUUACUUUGGCCUCUGGGGAUACAACUGCGUGUUAGCCUGCAUCGCCAUCGGAGGAAUGUUUUACGCUCUCACCUGGCAGGUGCACCUGCUGGCCAUCACAUGUGCUUUUUUCUGUGCAUACCUCGGCUCAGCCAUUGCCAACGUCAUGUCCACAUUUGGUCUGCCAGCCUGCACUUGGCCUUUCUGUCUGUCCGCCCUCACUUUCCUCCUCAUAACCACGGGGACCAACAGGAUCUUCAAGCUGCCGCUGGCCAAAGUCACCUACCCCGAGAAAAACCUGUGCUUCUACUGGAAGCUGAAGAAGCAGGAGAAAAAGGAGAAGGCUGAGAAAGAGAAGAAAGAGAGUGAGGAGAAGCAGAAAGCCAUCGAAGAAGAGGUGAUACUGAAUGAGAAAGAGCAACUGAGGCUAGAGCUUGAAAGGAUGGAAGAAGGGAGAGCAGCACCUGAGGAAUCAGAGGAUGAAAACAGCGAGACACAUGUUGACCAGAUACCUGGAGUAGAACAGCCGGGGGCUGAGGAAGAAGUCAGACACAACCAACUAACCGAAGUCACUCUCGGUGAAAAUGCUUAACACUGCAUUUCUGCAGAAAAAGAGAAAGAGAGGAUAUGUGACGUGUGAAAAUGUAAAUAAAUGUAUCUGUAAAUAUCUGUAUUUUAAAUUUGUAUUUUUGGUGAAAAAACAUGUGCUGGCAUAUUUUUUUGAUUCCAGAUGAUGUUUCACUGGAUAAAUUUGAUGACAUAUAGCAUUUAUUUUCUCUAUAAAACUUUG